AUGAAACCGCGUAUCCCGAUAUCGCCAUCCUCUUCAGCCCGCCGCCUGGAUUUGAGCUUCCUCAAACUAACCACCUUCUGGAUGCUGCAGGCAGGGAAUAUCAUCCAGAGCUUUGGGUAUUUCCUACCCACGACAUUUCUCCCUUCUUAUUCGACGACAACUGUCGGACUCUCUCAGAGCACGGGUACAAUGCUAGUAUCUUUGUUCAACGCAACGUCCAUCUUCGGCGGGAUAGCCCUUGGAUCCCUCUGCGACAGAUUCUCCGUCACGAACAUUAUGCUGCUAUCCUCGGUUGGCUCUGCGCUGUCAGUGUUGCUGUUCUGGGGCAUGGCGUCAUCCUCUGGGUCAGGCUCGUCUCAAACAGCCAUUGGUCUCCUCACUGUUUUCUCCAUUACAUAUGGCUUCUUUGCAGGUGGGUUCAGCUCCACUUGGUCUGGAGUCAUCACGCAGAUUAAGCGUGACUCCUCGCCAUCCUUGGAGACUGGACUUGUCUUUGGUCUGCUUGCUGGUGGACGGGGAAUUGGGAAUGUGAUCAGUGGGCCACUGAGUACAGUCCUGCUUCACUCGGGGUCUCUAGGGGAUUCCGGUCUGAGUGGCAGCACUGGUUAUGAGACGCAGUAUGGAACUCUGAUUCUUUUUACUGGUAUCACGGCUUUCUUUGGCGCAUGGAGCUGGAUAUGGCGGUACAUCAGCCCUGCGCUGCGGUAUCUCAGUUGA